AAUGAGAUUAGCAAUUAAAAAGCGGGCGCGCGGCGGGCCCUGAGGCGCGGGGCCACCCCCAGGCCGAGCCGGGGCGGGACGGCGAGCCUGGCGGUGGCGCUCGGAGAGCAGAGCGCGCGGCGACCGAGCGGGACCGGUUCGCGCCGAGCAACGGGACCAUGGAGAAAGGACGGCCGCUGUGGGCCAACCCGCUGCAGUUCGUCUUCGCCUGCAUCUCGUAUGCCGUGGGCCUGGGCAAUGUGUGGCGCUUCCCCUACCUGUGCCAGAUGUACGGCGGAGGAAGCUUCCUGGUGCCCUACAUCAUCAUGCUCAUCGUGGAGGGGAUGCCACUCCUGUACCUGGAACUGGCCGUGGGCCAGCGCAUGCGGCAGGGCAGCAUUGGCGCCUGGAGGACCAUCAGCCCCUACCUCAGUGGUGUUGGCGUCGCCAGUGUGGUGGUCUCCUUCUUCCUGUCCAUGUACUACAACGUCAUCAAUGCCUGGGCCUUCUGGUACCUGUUCCACUCCUUCCAGGACCCCCUGCCGUGGUCCGUCUGCCCGCUGAACAGCAACCACACGGGCUACGACGACGAGUGUGAGAAGGCCUCCUCCACACAGUACUUCUGGUACCGCAAGACCCUCAACAUCUCGCCGUCCAUUGAGGAGAGCGGGGGCGUGCAGUGGGAGCCGGCACUGUGCCUGCUCCUGGCCUGGCUCGUGGUGUACCUGUGCAUCCUGAGAGGCACCGAGUCCACAGGCAAGGUGGUGUAUUUCACCGCGUUGCUGCCCUACUGUGUGCUCAUCAUCUACCUGGUUCGGGGUCUCACGCUCCAUGGAGCCAUCAACGGCCUGGCCUACAUGUUCACCCCCAAGCUGGAGCAGUUGGCCAACCCCAAGGCCUGGAUUAACGCCGCCACCCAGAUCUUCUUCUCGCUUGGCCUGGGCUUCGGCAGCCUGAUAGCCUUCGCCAGCUACAACGAGCCGUCCAACAACUGCCAGAAGCAUGCGAUCAUUGUGUCCCUCAUCAAUAGCUCCACCUCCAUCUUCGCCAGCCUCGUCACCUUCUCCAUCUAUGGCUUCAAGGCCACCUUCAACUACGAGAGUUGCUUAAACAAGGUCAUUCUGCUGCUGACGAAUUCUUUUGACCUGGAGGACGGCUACCUGACAAGCAGCAACCUGGAGGAGGUGAAGGGCUACCUAGCAUCUGCCUUCCCCGACAAGUACAAUGAGGUGUUCCCACAGAUUAAAAACUGCAGCCUGGAAGCGGAGCUGGACACGGCUGUCCAGGGCACUGGCCUGGCUUUCAUCGUCUACACGGAGGCUAUUAAGAACAUGGAGGUGUCGCAACUCUGGUCCGUGCUCUACUUCUUCAUGCUGCUGAUGCUGGGCAUGGGGAGCAUGCUGGGCAACACGGCCGCCAUCCUCACGCCCCUCACUGACAGCAAGCUCAUCUCCAGCCGCCUCCCCAAGGAGGCCAUCUCAGGUCUGGUGUGCCUCAUCAACUGUGCCGUCGGCCUGGUGUUCACCAUGAACUCUGGCAACUACUGGUUCGACAUCUUCAAUGACUAUGCGGCGACGCUGUCCCUGCUGCUCAUCGUGCUGGUGGAGACGGUCGCCGUGUGCUACGUGUACGGGCUGAGGAGAUUUGAGAGUGACCUGAAGACCAUGACGGGUCGCACGCUGAACUGGUACUGGAAGAUCAUGUGGGCUGGCGUGAGUCCCCUGCUCAUCAUCAGCCUCUUCAUCUUCUACCUGAGCGACUACAUCCUCACGGGGACGCUGCAGUACCAGGCCUGGGACGCCUCCCAGGGCCAGCUUGUGACCAAGGAUUACCCGCCAUAUGCACUGGCUGUCAUUGGGCUGCUGGUGGCUUCCUCCAUCAUAUGCAUCCCCCUCGUGGCCUUGGGGACUUUCAUCAUGCGUCGCCUGCAGAGGGGAGACCCAGCCCCGGUGGCCUGAGGCCUGGGAUUCCCAGAGCCAGCGGUCAGUCUCUCACGGUUUCACAGCCACCAGACACAGGUGGAAACUCCUCGCUGCUUUUAAAAAUAUUUAUCCAGCAGUGCUCAGCCUGUCAUCUUCCUGAGUCUGUAAAGAAGGGUCGGGAUGGUGUGGAGGAAGACUUCAAGCCCCCCCCCCAACAUGAUUGCCUACCCCCAGGGUUACAGGGGCAGCCCCUUGUCAAGAGUAGGUGGGUUUCCCAAGGCUGGUCCGGAACACACUUGCUCUCUGGUCCCUCCGGAAAGUUCCAGAAUGUCAGCUAAAGUUUAACUAUGAUUUUUUUUUAAUAAAUUAAAAUGGAAACAAUCCCCCUCCCUGGUGAUCCCAAAACUCUAGAGGGCAAUUCUUUUAGACCAGUUGAAAGGGGUUUAAGUGCCUACGCUGACAAUAUUGGAAUGUCACUGGUGUGAAAUUAUGGUAUCUCCUUAUUUAGUUAGCCUGAGUCUGAGAUUGCUGUUCAGUGGUAGGACCAACCCAGCCCUCCAAGAAAGGCAGCCUCUGUGGGGACCCCAAAUGAGGUCACCUUCUCCAACCGAGCGCUCUCACCCAGCUCACAGCGGGCCCGGGACCAACCCUCUCUACAAACAAAC